CCUGCAGCUCACACUCACUUCUGCAAGUGUCACAGAGGUGUCUGGUGACCAUUGCUCUCUCUCAUCUCACACUCACACUCAACUAAUGGACUGCUUUGCCCCUCCCCUCCUUUUCUCCAUCUCGGACUGGGAGGUAGUGAGAGGAGGCAACAGCCCACCGUUCCCCUGGGCCCUGCUACACGGCUCAAUAGCUCAGCUCCUGGAUGGGAUCAUAACCCUGAGUGCUGGCCAAGAGAAGAGCCACUUCUCAUCACGUCCAGAGUUCCUGCUGCAGGGUGGAGUUUCCUCCAGGAGAACAAACUCACUCGAACCCCACCAUGGCUGAGUGUAGGGUGGCCCCGGUUGUGGUAUUGCUUUUUGUCCUGGUUACACCAGCCCUGAGCGGAUGCCCAAGUGCCUGCCGCUGUUCCUUUGCCAUGCUGCAAUGCCUAGAGCUGGACGGGAUCACCAGCAUCCCAGCGCUGGCGCCACAGGAGGGCGAAAACGUCACGGAAAUCUACAUAGAGAAUCAAGCAAACCUGGAGAACAUCACAGACAUAGACCUCGCCAACUACAGAGAACUGAAGAACCUGUAAGUCACAGACUGUGGGCUCGUGUACAUCUCUGAAAAUGCCUUCCAGCAUAAUUUCAAGCUGCAGUAUGUAAAUCUGGCCUCUAAUUUACUGGUGCACAUCAGUUGGAGGGUGUUCCAUUCGGUCCCUCUGUUGAGUCUAAUUUUGAGGGACAAUCAACUCACCUGCUCAUGUGACAUUUACUGGCUUCAGCAAUGGCAUAGAAAAAGACAAAGCGAUAUUGAUUCUCAACAAAACUGUAUUUACAAUGGCAGCAGCGUUCAGCUGGAUUCAUUUGAAAUGGAUAACUGCAGUGUUCCUGAAGUCAAAAUCAACCCACCGACACUGACCACUCAAGAAGGAGGAAACCUGACAUUUACCUGUCUGGUGACUGGAGUACCAACACCGACUAUCCGCUGGAGAACUGAGCACCUACAGUCCAGCUGGACUCUGCAGCAAGGAAUCUGUGGAUCAACUCUGGAGCUGGUUCUCCACAUGAGGAGCGUGUCUUCUAGAGACAACCUACACAAUCUCACCUGUGAGGCGGAAAAUCGUGCUGGAAUGGAUGAAGCCACGGUGCAGCUGGAUAUCGAAUUUCCAGUGCGGAUCUUGUUUCUAAAAGACCCAGAACCACAACAUCACUGGUGUUUCCCAUUUGCUGUGGACAGCAAUCCUCCCGCCACCAUCAAAUGGCUGUACAACAACACGCCUCUCAUCGAAACCCGCUACACCUACACCGAACUGAUCAGAGAUGCAGCCGAUGGCUCCAUUCAACACGGCUGUCUGUUCCUCAACAAGCCCACCCAUCUGAACAAUGGCAACUACACACUCAUCGUGGAGAAUAAACUGGGUAGGGACCAGGGUACGGUAAACGGGAAGUUCAUGGAUAAUCCUUUUGACCCCUUUGACCCAGAGGGCAUCAUUCCUGUCCUCCCUGAUGACCCAACAGCUCCCACCAACCAAUCAACAGAGACGGAGAAACUGGAGAGCAGAGUGUUUGGGGUGUCAGUAGCGGUGGGUCUUGCGGUGUUUGCGUGCACAUUUCUGCUCAUCAUGGUUGUUGUCAUCAAUAAAUGUGGACAGCACUCCAAGUUCGGCAUCCACCGUUCGUCUGUUCUAGGCACUGAGGAUGAUCUGGCCGUGUCUCUCCGCUUCAUGAACUUCGGGGCAAGUCCUCUAUCUUCAGAUGAUGGCACACUGGAUUCUGGCUUGUCCAGUUUUGUAGAGAACCCGCAGUAUUUCUGUGGCAUCAUCAAAGACAAAGACAUGUGUGUCCAACACAUUAAAAGAAAAGACAUUGUUUUGAAGUGGGAACUGGGUGAAGGAGCUUUUGGCAAGGUUUACCUGGCAGAAUGUGCCAACCUUUGUCCGGAUACUGACAAGAUGCUGGUUGCUAUUAAGACCUUGAAAGUCGCCAACGAGUCCACCCGACAGGACUUCCAGCGCGAGGCCGAGCUGCUCACGGUGCUGCAGCAUGAACACAUAGUGCGGUUCUACGGUGUGUGUACAGAUGGAGAACCUCUGGCCAUGGUGUUUGAGUACAUGCGACACGGAGACCUCAACCGCUUCCUAAGGGCUCACGGUCCAGAUGCUCGUAUCUUGGACGAGAUGAAGGUUCCUCCGAUGGGUCAGCUGACCCUUCCUCAGAUGCUCCACAUCGCAGCUCAGAUUGCCUCGGGCAUGGUGUACCUCGCUUCCCUUCAUUUUGUCCACAGAGAUCUGGCCACCAGGAACUGUUUGGUUGGAGAAGGGCUGGUGGUGAAGAUCGGGGAUUUCGGGAUGUCAAGAGACAUUUACAGCACUGAUUACUACAGGGUCGGUGGGAGGACGAUGCUGCCCAUUCGCUGGAUGCCGCCAGAAAGCAUCAUGUACAGGAAGUUCACCACAGAGAGUGAUAUUUGGAGCUUUGGAGUGGUCCUUUGGGAAAUCUUCACCUAUGGCAAACAACCAUGGUAUCAGCUAUCCAACAGUGAGGCCAUUGAGUGUAUCACGCAGGGACGAGAGCUUGAACGGCCACGUACCUGCCCGAAGGAAGUGCACCUCCUUAUGCAGGGCUGCUGGCAGAGAGAACCGCAGCAGAGGCUCGUCAUCAAGGACAUCUACAACCGCCUCGUGGCCCUCGUCAAGAACCCGCCUGUCUAUCUGGACAUCCUGGAGUAGUAGCACAUGGUCGGCCCUGCAUGGAAAAGACAUGCUUCUGAUAGCAGGUUGUUUGGGCUGAGAAGGAAAGUCAUUAGUGGGUUAUGGACAGACAGAAUUCACGAACUGUCUCAGAUGUGCAGUAUGAACAUUUCGCGGUGUUUGUUGAUGUGUAAGAUUGUGUCCAUGCGUUUAAAUUUGAAAUGGACUGAGAAAAAGAACAGUGGAUACUUUGAACAUGCAUUAGUGGAAAUUGCUCAUGACUCAACCCUGAAGAGGCACUAGAUUUUCUAUACGAGGAUACUGAUGUCAAGGCCUUGUAAUUAAAGUUCAUUAAAGGUGAAGUGUGUAAUUUUUCCCCUAUCCAGAUUAAUAUUCAGAGACAUUGUAGGUUGAUUUCCCCAAUAAAUGUAAAAAGUAUGGCUCUGUUUAUUUGAGCAUUCCGCCCAGCCUGACCUAACAACAGUGCCUCAACCAAUGGCGUGAGUUUGGGGGAGGGACUUGCUGUUUUGUCUGACCAAUGGGAGAUGGGAAGAGUGGAAACCAGGGCCUGUAUUACAGAUUUGUUCUAACUCCUGUUCAUUUUUUUUUUUUAAUUUGUUGCUCUAAUGGCACAUACAUUAUAUACUUCACCUUUAACCAUCAUGUGCAGUUUCUAAAUAAUGUGCCCCAAAACAAAGACUCUUUAGUUGUUGAUUUACACGUUGUGCCAAGCUGACCGCAUUUCUUUUCAAUGUCUUGCGAUUAUGAAUAUAUUACAUCAACAUGUUAUGAGUGAUCUUCACAUGCAUGUAUUGUACAUCUCUCAAUGUUUAACAGCAACUUCCUGUUAUGGCUCCCGGGUUCUGCUUUAUUUCCUAAAUUAGAAGCAUCAGCAAGGCCAGCAACUACAUGACAACAGUGGAAACACAUGGGCUGUGUACGGAAUGGAGUACUAACAUACUGCAUACUAUUUUUUUAAUUGAAACAGUAUGUAGUAUGGAACGGUAAACUUUUCAAGCAGUAGUUUGUCACAUGAAUUGCAUGCUUAAGGCAAGACACUACAGGUGAAUAUGGCAGCUGUAAACAAUAGAAAUCACCAUUCUUUCCCACGCAACAAUGACAUUUUGGCGGCCUGAAGACGCAAGCUUUUGAAAUUGAGUUUCAAAAGUGCAAGUUUUUGAAAACAAUACCGUCAUCGUCUCCAUGUAAACUACAAAAACGCAAAUUUGUGAAAUCGGUGACGUCAUGCGCAUGUGUAUUACGUGUUUAGUCUAUAGGAGCAUAGUGUUUCUUUACAAAGUGACAUUGCCAACUACUGGCCUGGCAGCAAAAUACAGCGUUUUUAGUUGUUUUCGCAGAUCCUUGUGAACAAGGAUCGUUUUGACAAUGUUGUCGCCUGUACAUGAAAAAAAACAAAGGAAAAACUUUUUAGUUUUUAGUACAUCGUUGUCGUGUAAACAUACCCUGAGACAAUUGUUUUGUAUUACCAGUUUUAUGAACUGUUAUGCUUUUCAGAACAGAAAUAUGAACAUUUGAUAAAGCCAUUUUUCAAAAUUGUUUAAUUUUGUUGACACAAUAGAGUUAAAGGGCCCUAUUUUAACGAUCUAAGCGCAUGGUCUAAAGCGCACAGCGCAAGUGCACUUGGGGCGUGUUCAAAUCCACUUUUGCUAGUUGAAGGAUGGGAAAAAUGGUCGGCGCGCCCGGUGCAUGGUCUAAAAGGGUUGUCCCUAUUAUCUUAAUGUGUCAUGGGUCUGUUUUGGGCGUGACGUGCAAUAAACCAAUCAGAGUCUCAUCUCCCAUUCCCUUUAAAAGCCAGUUGCGCUCACGCCAUGGCAGAUUUGCAAGCGGAAAAACGGAACGCUUCUCUAGCAAGGGAAAGGAUCUGCUCAUGCACGAGGUUAAAGCGCACAAGCAGACCACCUACGGGACAAGCCGAAUUCCACCAAAGCAUUUUUAUCUUUAUGCACACAAUAAUAAUCUUUCACACUAUAAUCCUUUUAUUUUUUAAUAUUUGGCAUGUUUGUGUGCUGCUGCGCAUCCCUGUGUGUAUAAUAAGCAGAGUGUACGCAUGUUGUGCACCUGCAUAUAGGCGAAUAUUACUAACGCACUCUUUAAAUAAAACAAAUAUUGCAUUAGACCAGGUUUCAGUUGGUCAAUGGCGCAGUCGUUUUCAGUUGCUUCAAAAUAGCAACACGCCAACAAUGCGCCUGAACACACCUCGUUUUCAGACCAGCACGCCCAUGGGUGCACAAAUGGGUGCAAAUGCAUUUGCUAUUUAAACAACGAGGCGCAGGAUGUGAAAAUGCUAACUGCGUCGGGCUGAAACUAGCAAAAAAGACUUGCGCCGGGUGUAUGAUAGGGCCCAAAGGUUUUACAGAGUGGAUUUUGGUUAUCUCUUGAAUAACUCCAUAAAUCAGAAAAUACUGUCAAAAAAAAUUAUUCAUAUAAUGAAAUUAUAUGAACAAACCAUUCUGUAAAAUCCUUCAAAAUAUAGUUAGGAAUAAAACUGUAAAGUUUGGUGUAUGCAGUGCAACGGACGUGGAGAUUUUACGAAAUGUCUUGUAAUUAAAAUCUAUAGACACAAAUAAAUAAAGUAUAAUAAAAAUAAAUCCUUAAAUGUAUAUUUUGGAUGUUCUUUUUACUUAUCUGAAGACGACAAGUUAUGGAAACAAAAUAGCCCAAAAUCUCUCAAUUGACAACCCAAUCUCACAGGAAAACGUAACUAUUUUACAAGGUGGUGAUUUUAUAUGAAUUUGUAUGAUGUGAAUCAUACGAAAAUGUAAGUUUUUUAUUAAAAAGUAAGCAUGAAGGUCCUCCCUUAACCCUUUCCCUAAACCCAAUCACCACUGGGGCGCAAGUCGAUUGUACGAAACACAUGAGAUUGUGCGAAUUCAUACAAAUUAGCCACCAAUUUGCCAAAACGUAAAAUGGUUACGAUUUGCCAUGAGAUUGUGUUAAAAUUGACCAGUGCCUGGAAAACCACAGGUUUUGCCUGUAGUAUCUUGCCUUAAUUGAAAAAAAGUUACUAUUUGUAAUCCCAUUGUGUUAAAAUGUUGCUUAGAGCUCUAUUUCAAUGAAUUCUAUAAUACCUAUAACACCUGUUUUCCAUGAGCAUUCCCAUUCAUCUCAAUGGCUCAGCCAGUGCAUGCAGGCCUGUAAGUACACAACAUGCAUGAUGCCAUCUUUGCUCAUGUGCUUUCAGUUAUGGCCUUGUAUUUUGAGCUGUAAUUGCCAUGUGACUAACCACUAUAGAGCCACAUACUGCAGAAACCAUAAGAGCAGUAUGCUAGUAUGCAAUUCCAAACUACUACUGGUGCCAGGGCAGAGAUCAAUCAAUCAAUCAAAUAUUAAUUUAUCAUACAGCAUGUUAAGCUGCAGUGGUCGCUGUUUACCAUUUUAUUAUUUCUUUAAAUGGGUGUUUUUAUGUACUGGCUGUGCCUCUUGUACAUAAUCUAGUGACUGAAUUACAUUAUUUUCUCUUAUUGAUUUUUCUAUUUUUAAACUAUAAUCUUACCUAGUGUUUUAAAGACGAAAUAUUUUAAAAAUACAAGUCUUCUACGCCUGGUUAUUAAACACGUGUGUUUACACAUGGGAAUCAGAACACAGUACUUUUUCAAAGGAUGAAAGUCAAGAUAAAUAUUCCUUUAACAUCAGUAACAGUCACAGAGCAUCAGCACCUGACAGCCACAUUAUCAUUUGUUUCACUGUACAAAUAAAUAUAACAAUUUGGAUAGACUUUGUUUUUGAUUUUGUUAAUGGACAAUGUACAGUAGCUGUAUUAAACAUGAUUUUAUUCCA